ACAGCACAGCAGCUCGGCCCCGCUGGCAGGCCAAGAAAUCUUCCCUCUGCUGUUGCCCCGGGAGCAGAGGCUGUAGAAAUGUGAGCUGGAGCUCCGAUUACAGGCGCCGAGCCCUGCAAAGGUCAUCGGCCAGCUGAGCCUGAGUCAGGGCUUCUGGCGAUUAACAGGGCUGUUUUCCUUGUUCCUGCAGAGCGUGGUGAAGCUGAUGCGGGGACUGCUCCAGUGCAUGAUGAGACAGGUGGACAAGGUGGAGGCCUUCAAGUACAGCCAGAGCACCAAGGACUGCCUGCAUGCCAAGUAUAACACCCAGACCUGUGCCACCGUGGUGGGAGACAACGAGUGGGGUCACCUACAGCUGGAUGCCACCUCCCUUUACCUGCUCAUGCUGGCGCAAAUGACGGCCUCAGGCCUCCACAUAAUUCACAGCUUGGAUGAAGUCAACUUUAUCCAGAACCUCGUGUUUUACAUUGAAGCUGCCUACAAGACUGCGGACUUCGGGAUUUGGGAGCGCGGGGACAAGACAAACCAGGGCAUCACCGAGUUGAAUGCCAGCUCUGUUGGCAUGGCCAAGGCUGCCCUGGAGGCACUGGAUGAGCUGGAUCUCUUUGGAGCCAAGGGAGGCCCGGAGUCAGUGAUACGGGUGCUGUCAGAUGAGGUGCAGCACUGCCAGUCCAUCCUUCACUCAAUGCUGCCCAGGGCCUCCACAUCCAAGGAGGUGGAUGCCAGCGUGCUCUCUGUCAUCUCCUACCCAGCAUUUGCUGUGGAGGACAGCGAGCUGGUGGAAAUCACCAAGCAGGAGAUCAUCACGAAGCUGCAGGGACGCUAUGGCUGCUGCCGCUUCCUCCGGGAUGGAUACAGGACCCCCAAAGAGGACCCCAAACGCCUCUACUAUGAACCUGCUGAGCUGAAGCUGUUUGAGAACAUCGAGUGCGAGUGGCCUCUCUUCUGGGCAUACUUGAUGAUUGAUGGGAUUUUCAAUGGAAAUAUAGAGCAGGUGCAGGAGUACCGGGAAGCCCUUGAGGGGGUUCUCAUCAAGGGGAAGAAUGGGAUACGCCUGAUGCCAGAGCUGUACAGUGUCCCAAUGGAUAAGGUGGAUGAGGAGUACAGGAACCCCCACACUGUGGACAGAAUACCCAUGGGCAAACUGCCACACAUGUGGGGGCAGUCCCUCUACAUCCUGGGCUGCCUGAUGGCUGAGGGGUUUCUGGCUCCUGGUGAAAUAGAUCCCCUCAGCCGCCGGUUCGCGACUGUCCCGAAGCCUGAUGUGGUGGUUCAAGUGUGCAUCCUGGCUGAGACAGAUGAGAUCAAGGAAAUCCUGACGAAGGAGGGCAUUGACGUGGAGACUGUGGAAGAUGUCUACCCCAUCAGAGUGCAGCCUGCCCGCAUCCUCAGCCACAUCUAUGCCCGGCUGGGCCGCAACAAGCAGAUGAGCCUGACUGGACGGCCCUACCGGCACAUGGGUGUCAUUGGGACCUCCAAGCUCUACAAAAUCAGGAAGAGCAUCUUUACCUUUACCCCACAGUUCAUAGACCAGCAGCAGUUCUACCUGGCUCUUGACAACAAGAUGAUUGUGGAGAUGCUGAGGACAGACCUCUCCUAUCUCUGCAGCCGCUGGAGAAUGACUGGGCAACCAACCAUCACCUUCCCUGUCUCCCACAUCAUGCUCGAUGAAACGGGCAGUAGUGUGCACCCCGCGGUGCUGGCGAUGCUGCGGAAGCUGCAGGACGGGUAUUUCGGUGGCGCAAGGAUCCAGACGGGUAAACUGUCGGAGUUCCUGACAACGUCAUGCCGAACACACCUCAGUUUUAUGGACCCUGGGCCAGAGGGUAAGGUCUUUGCCGAGAGUUACAGGCUCUGCAGUGACAGCUUUGAGGAGCUGGACAGCGAGGACUGGCUGCAUGGCUUGCAGGUAGCAGAGGAGGAGGACGCCUACGAUGAGGUUGCCCAGUACCUGGACCACCUGCUGCAGCGCACGACUCCCCAGUCCAACCUGCCCCCCACUGCCCAGCGGGGAGGGCUGAGCCGCUUCCGGACUGCUGUCCACACCACCCGUGACCUCAUUUCCCUGGCAUCCAAGGCCAAGGACCUGCAUGUCCAGAAUGUUGGAAUGUAUGUCCCCAGCAAGAUCUUCCAGGCAUCCCAGCAGUCGGUUAACCUGCUGGGUUCACCCUCCCAGCAAGACAUGGAUGGCAAGAGCCAUGCAGUCUAUGCAGAGAUGAGCCUGCCCCAUGACGAGGAUGGCAACGUGGACUGCAAGGCACUGGUGGACCAGCUGCGCGUCUGCCCCACGCUGCAGGAGCAAGCAGACAUCCUCUACAUGCUCUACCUGCUCAGGGGGCCCGAGUGGCACACGGGGCUUGAUAGCAAGCCUGGCCCCACUGUCAAGGAGCUCCUCACUGAGCUGUAUGUGCGGGUGGGGGAGACACGCCAGUGGGCCCUGAUCCGCUACAUCUCUGGCAUCCUCAAGAAGAAGGUUGAAGCUCUGGAUGAGGCCUGCACUGACCUCCUGUCUCACCAGAAGCAGUUGACUGUGGGGCUGCCCCCAGAGCCACGUGAGAAGACAAUCUCCGCCCCCGUCCCCUACGAGGAACUUGUUCACCUCAUUGAUGAAGCCAGUGAGAAGAACCUCAGUGUGGCCAUCCUCACCCAGGAGAUCAUGGUGUACUUGGCCAUGUACAUACGCACGCAGCCUGCGCUCUUCGCGGAGAUGUUCCGCCUCCGCAUUGGGCUCAUCAUCCAGGUGAUGGCAACAGAGCUGGCACACUCCCUGCGCUGCUCGGCCACAGAAGCCACGGAGAACCUGAUGAAUCUCAGCCCAUCAGACAUGAAGAGCCUCCUCUACCACAUCCUCUCUGGCAAAGAGUUCGGGGUGGAAAAGAGCAUGCGUUCAGUGGACUCAUCUGUGGUCACCCCUGCCGUCUCCAUCUGUGAGUUGGGGGCUGCUGGGGCCACCAGAUCUGAGCGCUCCGGCCUUGUCAGGCUGAAAAGUGAAAUCAAACAGCAAUUGAAUAAACGUAGGCAGUCUAUGCCUGGGAGUAAGCCCGUCAGUUUGCAGUCCAGGGACAUCGAGCUCAAGUCCUCUCUGUCUCCUGGGCACACGGAGCUGCUGGACAAGGACUCCUUUUCAAGCAUGCUGGAAGACCAGGGCAGUAAGGACAGCCGGCAGGGCCAGUGGCAGCGGAGGCGGCGGCUGGACGGGGCCCUCAACCGUGUCCCUGUGGGCUUCUACCAGAAGGUCUGGAAGGUCCUGCAGAAGUGCCAUGGCCUCUCUGUGGAGGGCUUUGUUCUCCCCUCCUCAACAACCAGAGAGAUGACCCCAGGGGAAAUGAAGUUUGCUGCGCAUGUGGAGUCUGUCCUCAAUCGUGUGCCCCAGCCAGAGUACAGGCAGCUUCUGGUGGAAGCUAUCUUGGUGCUCACCAUGCUGGUGGACAUGGAGGUGCACACCAUCGGUGGCAUCAUACCCGUGGAAAAGAUCUUGCACAGAGCCAACGACCUCUUCUAUGAGGAGCAGAAAGCCCUGGGCGCUGACGACCAGAUGUUGGAGAGGGAUCCUUCGACAGGCAUCUGCAUCCUGCUGUACGACAGUGCCCCGAGCGGCCGGUUUGGCACCAUGACCUACCUGUCCAAGUCGGUGGCCUUGUACGUGUACGACUUCCUGCCCACAGACAGCUGCUCCAUGCAGUAGCUCUCGCAGCUCCUCGCUGGGUUGCAGAUGCUGUGGGGAGGGUUGUUUCGUACAGCUUGUAAAGAGGAACACUAGGUUAGUUUGCAGGCAGCCUGCGUGGCCAUCUCUCCUCCCAGCCCUGGCCUCUCAGUGGGUGAGCGGCCCCCUGAGGAGCCCUGCAGGAGGCACGUGUCCUAAACUGACCUGUGCCUAUGUGUGGCCUGAGGAGGAAGGGAAAGGCUGAGCUUUGAAGCCUGCUUGUGUUAGAAGUGUCUGCCUGCAUGGCUCCUCCUGAGCCAUCACCCCCAGAGGGACCUCUGUUUGAGGCAGUUGACCAGACCUGCAUGCUCAGCACUGCAGUGCUCCCUGACCAGCUCAUACUCUCCCUGCCUCCAGCAGGUUUGCAGUUUUUAACUGUGUUUUAACUGUGCUGCUUUUUAUUCCAAUCUGCAGGAUUUAUACUAGUGUAGGCUGGAGCUCUUGCUCUUCCUGCUACUGCAGGAAUAGUUUUGCUAGAGAAAUAGGGGAUGAUGCCUGAGCCUCUGUCCCAGCACGCCCAAAAUCAAAAUGGUCCAGCCCAGCCACAGCUGUGCUGCUUGGAAGUAGGCAGCCCAUCAUCCUUCCCUUGGGGGUCCUGUGUGCAGAGCUGGGGAGGUUGUGGUAGCCAGGAUCCCUGUUGUCACUAAGAUGUGAGGACAGGGCUUCUGGCUGGCUGGGGCAUGCUGGUGGCAGCCCCUCUGUGCCAUAUACUUGUCCCUGGCAGCAGUGCUGGUGGCCAGGUCGCAGGUUCCUGAGUUCACACGUGCCUUUUGAAGCACCUCUGAGCUGGCUGCUUGGUGUUAUCUAUGCAAUCACAGCCGUGCCCUUAAUGCUCAGCUCUGGCCUUGGCCCCAGCUCCCACAGCCUGGCACAGGGAGGGGUGGGGACACAGAGGGUGCCUGCUCCACUCUAUCCUGCAGGUGCAGCUCUGAGCAAAGGUCCCUUUCCCCUUUGGGGAAGGUGGAUCCUAUCCAACAUCAGUGUGCCUGAUAAAUCUGAAAUUGUGGCAGUGACACCAGCCACCAAGUCAUAUAUUUAACAGACUAGGUCUGUCUCUUCCAAUGUCCCUUCCCACAACUGGAGGGAUGAAGGAAAGAACCUGUGUUUCAGAAUCACUUACCAACCAUCCCCACACCCUGAAGUCUCUUUUGAUUGCUCUUGGACUACGUGUUGUGGCUUCGCUGCCGACCACGUGGAAGGCCAGCAGUGGGUAAAAGUCCGAGGGCUGAACCAGGCUGGGAAGUUUCCUAGUGCUGCCCUUAACCUGGGCCUCAGGGAGGCAGCAGACUUCCCUGAGAGGACUGUCUGUGUGGCAUAUUGGACCGUCUGUGCCCCUCAGAAAGCGGUCACCUGCAGCUCUCACCCAUCUUUCUUGUAGAGGUUGCCAUGGUCUGGGGGGUAUCACAGCCAUGGCAA